AUGAAGUUCUCCAACAUUGUCAUCCUCGCCGUUGCCUCCGUCGUCCAGGCUGGCCUCGGCGACGACCUCAACUCCAUCGGCAACAGCAUCAAGACCGGUGCCGAGGGCAUCGCCUCUGACGUGUCCACCGCCGGCGCCGGCGCCGCCUCAGCCGCGUCCACCGCGGCCACCAACCUUGCCUCGGCCGCGUCCAGCGUCGCCACCAACGCCGGCUCCGCCAUCCAGAGCGCCGCCACCGAGGUCGCCACCGCCGCCUCCUCCGCCGCCUCCUCCCUGUCCUCCAAGGCCGGCGAGCUCAGCUCCUCGGCCAAGAGCGCGUCCGGCACCGCCGCCAGCUCCCUCUCCCAGGCCGCCAGCUCCGCGUCCGGCGCCGCCUCGACUGCCGCUUCCUCGGCCAGCUCCGCCGCCAAGUCGGCCAGCUCCGCGACCAACGCCGCCCCCGCGCCCACUGCCAUGGUCGCCAUGGGUGCGCUCUUUGGUGGUGCCGCCGUCAUGGCCAACCUGUAA